GAUCGACUUAGGGAGGGGAGGGAGGGGGAGAGACAAAAGUGUGGGGCUGGCCGGAUUAAAGCAAAAUAAAGAGCAGCACCCCUCCCCCUAAGCUAGAAGAACCCAGCAGAAGCGCGUGGGGUGGAGAAAACAUCCCGGGGAGAGCUGACCGGAGGCAGUGAGCGAGGAGCGGAGGGAGGGGGCACAGAGAGACCCAGGCAGGCGGCAGAGUUUGGGGGAAAGAUGAGCUUGUUGUCAGCCAUAGACACCAGUGCUGCUUCUGUCUACCAGCCUGCCCAGCUCCUCAACUGGGUCUAUCUGUCGCUGCAAGACACCCACCAGGCCAGCGCCUUUGAUGCCUUCAGACCCGAGCCCUCUUCUUCCCAGCACCCCGAUCUCAGCUACACCAAGAACAGCCCGGAGCUGGGCUCGUCCCUCAAUUCCAGCUAUCUGAACAGCUUCUUCCAGCUCCAGAGGAACGAGGCGCUGAGUAGCAGUCUGUAUAAGAGCGCAUCUCCCUAUGGCUCCCUUAAUAACAUAGUGGAUGGGUUAAGCUCGCUCACUGAGCAUUUCUCUGACCUAUCCCUCUCCUCGGAAGCCAGAAAACCCAGCAAGAGGCCACCUCCUAACUACCUAUGUCACCUCUGUUUUAACAAGGGACACUACAUCAAAGACUGUCCACAGGCUCGUCCAAAAGGAGAGGGUCUGACCCCAUACCAGGGCAAGAAACGCUGCUUUGGUGAAUACAAGUGCCCCAAGUGCAAGAGAAAAUGGAUGAGUGGAAACUCCUGGGCUAACAUGGGACAAGAAUGUAUCAAGUGUCACAUCAACGUUUAUCCUCACAAACAGAGACCCCUGGAAAAGCCGGAUGGCCUGGAUGUUUCAGAUCAGAGCAAGGAGCAUCCUCAGCAUCUGUGUGAGAAGUGCAAAGUUUUGGGCUACUACUGCCGUCGUGUGCAAUAAACCUUCAAAGGUGGCCUCUUCUGUCCCCAUCAUCCUGCGAGAUCCUUUGGCAGCACGCAGUCAACAGCAACACAGAAUCCAAGACAAAAAAACUAAAAAAAGAUUGCCAAUUUUGCCUGUCUUUAAACUAAUAAUAUGCCUUACCAUUAAUAGAAUGUAACACUUUUCCUGUGUAUGUGUAUACGUGCAAGAUAUAUUUAUAGGACUAUGGUGUGUUUUAUAUAUCAAUCUAUCUAUAUAUCUAUCAAACAGUGUUACUGAUAGUGUUCACAGUGGAACCACUGCUGUGGUUUCUGUUGAUUGUUUACACGGUUCCUAUAUCAUGGCCAGAUGAAAUGAAGCGAAGUGCUGUGUGUUAGGCAAGAUAUAAUGUUCACUGGGAAGUAAACAUUAUGAAUGGCUUUUGCAGGACUUAGGUAACCUGCAAGGCCACUAAUUGGGAGUGCUCGCUAACCCCAUGAACAUUAUUCCUCUUAUACGACAAGACAAAGGAAGAUUCAACAAGCCACAGCAUUAAAGAAGGGAAACGAUCGUGUUUUCCUUGCUUUGGAAGAUUUGAAAGUUCCAUGCUGCUGCUUUUUUGGACUUCCACUGCUUAAUGUAACUUGGGUAAGGCGUAGGUGGACUCGGUGAAGGUAAAACAAAGUGUAUAAUUGUUUGAGUGAGUCGUUUUUUUGGGUAUGGAAAUGGAGAAUAGCAACUGGACAGAUUGUCAGUAAGGAUUCCAGCAUCUUUGGGGAGAGAAUAGUGUUUGCUUUCUUCAGGCUGUGAUUGACUGAAAUCCUUCUCUUGUCAUAUAAUUUCUUUUAAAUGGGCCCUUUAUGUGUAUUUGCUAUUCAUUAGGCCACAAGCACACUAAAUUUACUGUGAAUAAUGGGGAAUGAGAAUGAUGCAAUUUGUCCCCAAGCCCUAAUUGAGUGAGUAACCAGACUUAAUAUUUAUACUAGUUCGAAAGCCACUUUCUGGAAAUAUUUUUAUGUUCUGUUUUCUACUGUGCAAAUUUAUUAAUAUAAAAGUAUAUACUUAUGUAGCCACAGGGGUUGUAUAGGGCAUGAAGAACAUAACCUACCCUCUUCUCUGUCUUUCUAAAACAUCUAUAUAGGUUAGGAGAAAUGUAGUAAUUGUAUGUGGUUGUCCUAUUUCAAGUAGAAGGAAUUUUGUGCAGGAGGAUCCUGUUACAAAGAAAAAUAUAUUAUCAGAGAUUGGGGAAUGUCAUGAAAUGAAAGUACCUCAAGACAGUAGUCUGGUUUUGUAUGUAUUUUUAAGAGUAGAUUGGCAAAAGGACAGAAUGAAUAAGACUUGUAUGUGUCAUCCACUUCUAUAGAAAACUACAGGAGGGUGGUUUUUUUAAAUCAAUCAUUUUUUAUUUUCAUGAAAUUUUCUUUAAGAACUGGAUGUGUGUGUUAUUGUUAUGUGGUGGAAAUGUUUUAAAUUUGAAACACUCAUAGCAAGUUAAAGCUGUUUCAAAGUUAAAUUUGAUAGAUACAAUCCAGAGUUAUCGCCUGCCAAGGGAGGAUGAGGUGGUACCAGUACAACCAGUCAGAGUCUUGUGAAGCAGAUUAAAAACUCGUAGUAAGCAUUCGCAUGUGAAAUGUGAAGAUCUUCACAAAGUUGAUCUAGAGUGAAACUUUGGCAUUUCCAUGUUUGUCUGUGAACAGGGCAAAACACUGAUGGGGCAAAAAUGAUUUGUUUAGAAACUUCACACAAAAUUCAGUUUUCACAAUUUAUGGGGAACCCAAAAAUUCAAGUUGUAAGUAAUGGGUCUACUAGUUAGAGUAGUGUACUGGGAGAAAGGACACACAGAUUCUGUCCUGGGUUCUGCCAGUGGCCUGCUGUUCGACAUUGGGCAACUCUCUGAACCUCUCCAUGCCUCAGUUUCCCCAUCUGCAAAAUGGGGAUAAUAAUACUUAACAUACCUACCUCACCAGGGUGUUGUGAGGUUUGUUUAAUGUCUAAAGGCCUUUUGACAUUGUUGGAUGAAAAUAUUAUUUUGUAAUUAUAUAGCAGUUAAGUUAAACACUCUGAGACUAAUUUUGCCCAGUUAGCAGUACCAUAAUUUAAAACAAAAAUGACUGAAAUUUAACACUAAUCACAGAUUUUGAUUGCCUCAAUCAAGUGAGACAGUUAGCAUCUUCAAGAGGGAAUGCAUUCUUAGCCGAAGACUGAAAAGUACACUUAGGGACAGAUUUUCUAAACAAAUCUUCGUAGUUGGCCCAUGAAAUAAGAAAUUUUGUGCAUGCCAGUUUAGAGAUGGGUUUUUAAAACUUGGCCUCAGUGUUAAUUUUGACCCAUUGUUUGGUGUGUCAGUAAUGCAAAAGGAGAAGAUUGCAAGAAGGCAUACAAUAAACUGGCUAUAAUUUUUUCCCUUGAGCACUAAGUGGUAUAUUAGCAGCAAUUUCUUUGACACUUAAGAUCCAGCUAAAGGAAAAGCUAAGAAAUAGCACCAAACAAAAGCUAAGAGAAAAGCCGUUUUCUUCACAAAGCUAAGAAUGUAUCAACCAAUCUGCCCCACCAUUUCAAAAUAAUUUCAAAUUUGUGGCAACCACUGAAAGAAGAAAUACUGUUGAUCAGGGCCGGCUCCAGCGUUUUUGCCGCCCCAAGUGGCGGGGGGCGGGAAAAGAGCCGUGAUGGUGGCACUUUGGCGGCAGCUCCACUGCCGCCACUUCAUUCUUGACUGGCAAUUCGGCAGCAGGUCCUUCCCUCCGAGAGGGACUGAGGGACUCGCCGCUGAAUUGCUGCCGAAGAGCCAGACGUGCCGCCCCUUUCUGUUGGCCACCCCAAGCACCUGCUUGCUGCGCUGGUGCCUGGAGCCGGCCCUGCUGUUGAUGAACAUCAGAGCUGCAAAAUAUGUAGCUAUAAUUACAUGCUAUAUUUAAGCCACUGCAGGAUCUUAACAUAGACCAGUUGAAGGACAUUAUUAAACAAAAUUGUUGCCUUUUUCACAUUAGUACCAUUUUAAAUGUUAUUUGUUCAGGUUCAGUACUGCAUUAUGGUGUUUUUAGCUUAUAGAUUUCUAAGGAAUGCUUUAAAGCAAGGUUCCCAAAUAUACAUCCAAUGUGGCUUUAAUACAACUACCAUUUGUAUAUGCAUAGAAUAACCCUUUUUUUUAACAUACUUGUUGGAGGUUAAACACUCAUGUCAUCAUAUUAUCCUACAUGUUAGAAAUGUCAGCACAUUAACUGAAGACACAAAUCAAAUGCAUUUGGGUCCUGGUCCAACUCCGGAUGAAGUCAAUGGAAAGACUCCCAUUGACUUCCCCGGGCUUUGGAAUUUCCCCACCCCACCCUAUUUUAGUUAGUGGAAGGAAAGGAUGAAUAUUGCUGGCUGGAACCAGACAAGGACUAUGCAAGCUUCCCUACACAUCUCUGUCAGUGAACCCCUUUCAUGACCAAUAGCAUCCCCCUCUUACUGUAGUCUUCCACCUGUGGUGAUUAAGCAAUUACCACUUAAUCUUGCACAGUGUACCCAAAUGAAGUAUAGAAUGAAACCCACCAAAUGUAUUGUCACUAGUGACCUAGUAAGUACAUCUUUAAUUCAUACUUAGUAACAGGGGCGGCUCUACAGUUUUGGCCGCCCCAAGCAGUCAUGCGUGAGGCGCG